AUGCAAAACCGUGCACAAGGGGAGAAACGUUUGCUGAGAGAAAUUCAAGCCAUUGAAGAGGACUCUCGGCAUAACCCGGACCCGGAUGUGACGGCGCAAUUAGUUCACGGAGAUUUGAGGCACUGGAUCGGUAGAAUAAAAGGUCCGGUCGGCACUCCUUACGAAGGUGGAUACUAUUUCCUGGACAUAGCCAUACCAGAAGAGUAUCCUUACGUUCCUCCCAAAAUGAAGUUCGAUACUCGUGUAUGGCACCCCAAUGUGUCGUCCCAGACUGGAGCGAUUUGCCUGGACAUUCUGAAAAAUGAAUGGUCACCAGCCCUCACAAUAAGAACUGCGCUGCUGUCAGUAGAAGCAUUGUUGGCAGCUCCGGAGCCAGAUGACCCUCAAGACGCGGAGGUUGCAAACCUAUGUAAAAAUCAUCCAGAACAGCACGCCGCUAAAGCCCGGCAGUGGAGAGAUACCUAUGCUGCGGACAAGAACUGGCCUUAUGAGGCGAAGGUUAAGAAUUUAGUAGAUAUGGGCAUUCCUGCUGACCGUGCCAGGGCUGCGCUGCAGAAGCAGAAUUGGGAUGUGAAUGCUGCCGCAAACGAAUGCUUCGGAGAUAUGUAA